AUGGAGGCAUCAAGCGGAGCCACAGACAAGGGCAAGCAGAGGGCGCGAGCGCCCCAGGACCAGUCUCUGCUCUCUUCAGACGAAGCGAGCUCCUCUCGCACGCCACAACCCGUGGCCAUUCCCAUCAGGAACACACACGGCGAUGACUCGGAUGCCUUGACCAACAGUGCUGGUCGCCGACGCCCAUCCCAUGCGAGGGCAAAGUCUUCGCUAGGUUCCGCCAACAUUUUCGAUUUCUUCGGACCAAGCUCUCUCGCGUCCAACAGCACUGCUGCUACUAGUUUCCACUUCGGCUCGCCCGGCGGCAGCCCCAAGCAGGCUGCAGCGCCAGAUUCUGUCGAUCCCGAUAAUAGCAGCGACGAGGUACAGCGUAGCUCGCUGGAGCGCACGAUUGAUGCUGUGGAACCUCGAGCAGGGUUGGGACAGUCAGAAUCGUGCUGCGUCCAGCAGCUCGGUCUAUCCGAGGCUGUGACCACAAGCCGAAUUGAGAUGGGCGAGACAAGACUCGGCGAUGCCGCUGCCCCCAUGCCUCCGCUGUAUCCAGAGGAGACGCUACCACACUACGAAGAGGCGCCCGAGUACACGCCGCCUCUCUCGCAUCCUGCUGCCAGUGGCUCUCGCUCCAAGACGUCAGCGUUCCGAGCCGCCGCAGCCAGCCGCUUCCUGUCGAGUCGCAUCGCCAAAAAGCUCAACCUGCCUCCGGCUCUGCAGAGUCGUCUUCAAGGGACCCAGACGCCAACUCCCUUAUCGGUCUCGCCAGCACAGUCACCUCAUCUGUCGGCGGGACCUUCCACUGGCAGGACUCACUUUGCGAGGAGCGACAGCGCACCGAAUCUGACUCAAAUUACGCACACACAAGCUCGUAGGCGUUUCGAGGUGCGCAACUACGCCGCCACUGUAUACAUGGACGGCGCCAGGAUGGGUCCUUCGCCGCGUCCGACCCGGGUCGCAUCUCCAAGACCCUCUACCGCCGGUGCCGAUUCGGUCAUGUCCCGCUCGAGAGCAGCACCUGUCGUUCGACCCUCGACCAGCAACGGUGUGGCGCGCAGCGAACCAAGGCGGCCAGGCGCUUCGCCUCUGCUGCAUAUGGGCACCUCCUCCGUCAGCUCCUCCAGGAGGAACAGUGGUGAGUCGCGCCCAGCAAGUCGCGCAACCACCAGAUCGGCUCCCAACGGCGGUCUCUUCACCUGCGGAUACAAUGCUACGCGAAGCGGCACCGCAACUCCGACACGCCCAAGUCUGUUGAGCAAAGGUAGAAGCCGCAACGUCAGCUUGCGGAGUCUGGGCGAUCUUUUGUUGCUCCAUCGCGAUCGCCAUCGCGACGACGUCCCCUCGGACGACAGCUCCGUUUGUCACCACCAGCAGCAACUUGAGGCUUCUGGACCGUCAAGCGCCAUCUCCCGCGAAGUGGUCUCGCCCGUCUCGCAGGAAUUGCUCAUUUCUGCACGAGUACGUCCCAACCCGAAUCUUCGUCCCACGCUCAUGAGCCCCACCCACAGCAGCCCGCAGGCCGGCAUCGAUGCAGCUGAGUCUGGCAAUCCAGUGCUGAUUUUGCCGCAUCAAAGCAGCCAAAGGAGAUCCGACCCGCUGCAGAAGCUCCCGCGAGAGAUUGUCCUGACCAUCUUCAGAAGCCUGGUCGAUCUCCACGUCCAAGAGCACGAGAUGGCGGUCCGGAAUGGGAGCUGGCGUGGCAAAAGGUCGAGCGAGACGCGAUGGGUUGGGACGGAAGCAGCUGUGCGCGAGCUCGCUCGUCUCAGUCGUGUCUCGCGAGCGUGGCAGAGUUUUGUACUCGACGGCCAGCUAUGGCAGAACCUCGAAUUCUCGAAACAUCCUGAAAUGACCGAGCAGGCGAUGGUCAAUAUCGCCAAAGCCGUAGGUCCCUUUGUGCGACGCUUGGACUUGCAAGGUCUCACCAGUUUGCGAUCUGGCGUUCUGCUUGCCCUCGCCAAAGCGCUGCGCCCCGAAUCGUCCAGCGAACGGCAGCUGUCCUCAUCGGCAUGUGGGCCGUUCGCCACCCGGCAACUCGAAGUGCUCAAUCUCCAAGGCUGUCGCCACAUCUCGACGAGUGCACUCAACACUGUCCUCUCGCAAUCGCCCAGCUUGAGACAUUGCAAGCUCGCUAGUCUUCCAUGCGUCGACAACACAACGUUGUGCGUUUUAGCUGCCACCGCCAUCAACCUCGAAACCCUCGACAUAAGUCGUUGCCGCAGCAUCGAUGGCGAAGGUAUCCGUGCAAUCUUUGCCAUCCAAGAGAGCGACACCAAUCUCUCUGCUGUCUCCAAGGAGCGCAAUGUCGGCUCUCGCUUCCGCGAGCUGCGUGCUGCCGGUGUGAAGGGAUUCGACCGCGACACGCUCAGUCAGCUUGGCAGGCACUGGCCGAAUCUCGAGGUGCUCGACCUGAGCUAUUGUAGCGAUGUCACCAACGGCGCUAUUGCAGCUCUGGUCAGUAGUGAUGGCGAUGUGGUCAGCGAAAAGGGGCACUUUGUCCAUCUGACCCCACGUCAAGCAGGUAGUCAGCACGACGACGAGGUCAUCAGGCGAAAAUUUCCUUAUCUCAGGAAGCUGAACCUUUCGUCAUGCCGAGCCUUGACCGACCGUGCCUGUAUGUCUCUUGCGCAUGCUGUGCCAGCCCUCAAGGUGCUUGAGAUGGCAAACAUUGGCCCUGCGCUCAAAGACGCAGGUUUGGUGAAGCUGUUGGCCACCACGCCGCAGCUUCAGAAGCUGGAUCUGGAGCGAGCCACGCAAAUCACCGACGCAGUCCUUUCAGUCCUGACGCCGCCCGAAUCGCACUCCGAGGCGUAUGGGCUUGCCGUCCCGGAUUCGGACAUGCUCAUGAACGGGACGAGGCCGCGAGGCUCGCUGCUCGACAUGGCUCGAAGAUCCGCCAGUAGGAGGAGACAGACGAAUCGAUCGGCGUCGACUACUGCAGCUCAGGAGGAAGCACCGCCGACGUACGACGCGGAUGCAGUGGCGGCUCUGAUCCCGGCGACGGGCACGCAUCUCACGCACUUGGUGCUCUCGUCCGCCAACCGUGUGUCGGCUGAAGCGAUGCUGUUGCUGAUCAACCGAUGUCCCUUUUUGGUUCAUCUCGAAGUGGAUGAUACGCAUGCUGGUAACGAGGUGGCCCUGCAGUUCGUUCAGCUUGCACGAUAUCGCAAGGUGCGAAAUGCGUACCUGAGUCUCAUCGACUGUAGGUCGUUCUCUCGAGAUGCGUAUUCUCAGCUCAAUUAUGGUGAUGCGGCCGACGGUGGUGUCAGGCCGAGGAGCGGAUCGCGUGGUUACGCUUUUCGUCACUUUAGCUACGAUGAUGUAGAGCCGUCUACUGCGGUCGCUACCGUGAACGCAGUCGCCGUGGGAGUCCAUGAAGGGCAGGCCAUGCUAGCGGUAUCAGCGACGAACGGCGGGUCCUCCAUGGAUGGGCGCGAGGGUGAACGCGACCGAGGCCACGAUGAGUGCAACGAUCUCCGGCCAGUAGUCAAAAGCUUUUGGGGCUGGCAGCUGGUGGACGCGAGGAGCAAGCAGAAGCGCAAAGCCGAGCAACGUGCUGCAGCCCACCGACGACAAGGAGGCCGCGGCAAAGUCAGCAGCGUCGUCGCCAUGGCGUUUGGUUUGCCCUCGGCUGCCAUCGCCAACGCCGACGCUGCGACAUCUGCCGCUGCAAUGCACGCGAGAACUCAGAGGGGCGCGAAUGCACCAAGAUGGUCACGCAUGCUGCUCGGACCUGAAGCAGCACGAGACGAUGAGGGGAGGAGCAUGAGCGAUGAUGAUGACGAUGAGGAUGCUCGUGGAUGUACCGUAAUGUAG